AUCAUCGCAGUUGCCGUUGAAACAACCUUCAAGAUUUCAAUUUUCACAUGAAAUUCAACCGGACAAUGUAUAAUAAUAUGAUUCUCCCAUAAAUUAUUUGACCCCAAAAGAUCUAACACAAAAUUCUGCCAAUGAUGGAAAGCCUACCGUCUAAGAAUCUUAGGUCCCUCAUUCGUAUAGAGGGGCUACGCUGCGCCGGUUUAACAUUAACGAGGAUGUCUCGAGGGUUCAUCGACUAAUUAUUUGUCUGAUUGAUCAUGGCACCACCACCAGCUACCCCGACACCUCAUCGGUUCCUGGUGCCGAAGAGGUCGCAGCCUAGGAAUGAGACACCUAAAGCAUACCAGAGCGGUGGACAGCAGUUCCAUGCCACGCCGCGGUUCUCACUUCAUUCGACGCCUAGAGGACAGGGAGCAGGAGGCGAAGGUUCAUCACUUCGCCCGUCUUCCAGUAUUCCCACACCCGCUCCCGCUUCCGCUAGGAUCGGAGCCGGGACUUACUAUCGGCCUACUCCGCGCACUACUGAUCCUAUCAACGAUAUCUUUGAUAGCUCCCCGCCUUUCCCUGGAGAGCAGCAACCAGGCGGCGGUAGUGGCGGCAAUCAUCGCGACCCCAUUGAAGUUCUUGACGUAGACGUAGACACGGACGUCGACGCUGUGCCGGAGUCCUCGCCGGUGCGAGAAUUCGGCGACACUCAUGACGAAAGCAGUGAAGGCGAGGAAGAUAUACCAAGCCGGUCUCCCAAACGCCGGCGUAUUUCCAUAUCCUCCUCCAACUUCAGCAGUGCUACCCACGACUCCGCACAGCACGAGGACGAUAAUGAUAAUGACAGUAACUGCGACUAUGAUAACAACGAGAACAACAACGAAAAUGAGGACACCAUCAUGCUUGAGUACCCCCCAUCUUCCCCACCCACUCAAGACCCAACAGAUUCCGAUACUCCAGAACCCUCCCUUCCUAGACCCUCUACCUCCGCCCAGCAACCCACCUUCCAGAAAGCACCACGCUUCAAACCCAUCGAGGCGCCGGAAGGCGGGCCACGCUACGGCGACCCGCUCCCCGAUGCCUUCUCACCACACCGCCGGGGUGCGAAGUACAUACCCGGCGGCCUGGCACUCUCGGUGCGCGACUGGUUCGUCGACGUAUGGGCCGGCGCGGCGCAGAAGCGCGACGGGGAGGGGGAGUGGAUUACUCGGAUCUUGGUGGAUGGGGUACAAGGGUCGGCGGGUAUGACGCUGGUUACCGGGCGGUAUGUUGUGCGGGAGGAUGGUGAGCCGAGUGUGGCUGACGAAAAAGAUACGAGAAAUGCGAGGGUUGUGCUUACGGGGAGUCAGAAGCUGGUGGGCUUAGAAAGGGGGCUGGAGGCGCGGCCUGGCUCGGUGGUGGGUGUGGGAAGACCGAGUUGGGAGGUCGUGGUCCCGGGACAGGGGCGCUGGGGUGUGGUUUGUGAGUGGGCUGUUUUGAGGUGAGGUUUUGAGGACUUGGGUUGGGGUAUGAUCUAUGUGCUGGGAUUAGAACUUUCUGUGAAGAUGAUUUAGUACUAUUGAAUCCGGCUAGGUACCAUUUCAUGGUGGUUAUCCUAUGGUGACGGCGGGAUGUGGAUUUUACAGGCGCCUGGGCUGGAAUUUGAGGGGCUGAAUUAUACAGCUGAGUAUGAUAUAGUCAUGGCGAUGAUAACCGUGUGCUGGGUAAUGUGGAGAACUUUUAUAAAGGUUAUUUUAUCAAUUACUAGUCUCGACUAUGUCGACAUGGGGAUAUGUAUUCAGUUAUAGCUACUGAAUCUACGAUACAGUCACAACG